AUGGAGGGCGCUUCCUUCGGAGCCGGGCGGGCGGGCGCGGCGGUGGAGCCGGCGGAAUUCGCCAAGCGGCCCCAGACCCUCCUCAGGGUCCUCGCCGGGGUGUUCUCUAUUGUGGUGUUUGGCUCCAUCAUCAAUGAGGGUUAUGUGAACACAGAUAAGUCCCCGAUGCUGCGCUGCAUCUUCAACAGCAAUGAAGGAGCCUGCAACUAUGGCAUCGCAAUUGGGCUGCUGGCCUUCCUGGCCUGCAGCUUCUUCCUGGCGAUGGAUGUCUACUUCCAGCAGAUCAGCAGCGUGAAGGACAGGAGGCGCAUUGUCCUCUUGGACCUCGGCUUUUCCGGCUUCUGGUCCUUUCUCUGGUUUGUGGCGUUCUGCUUUCUGGCCAACCAGUGGCAGCGGACACCUGCCAGCAAAGGGGCAUCACAAGGAGGAGAUGCGGCACGAGCAGCCAUUGCCUUCUCAUUCUUUUCCAUCAUUUCCUGGGUUGCCCUGACUGUAAAAGCCCUCCAAAGAUACCGGAUGGGGACUGACAUGUCUCUCUUUGCCACAGAUCAGUUUGGCCCCGAUCCCACGGCAGGAUAUCCGGAACACCCUCCCACCAGCGGUGGCAUCGAAAGCACAGAAGCCUAUCAGAGCCCACCGUUCUCUGAGACCCUAAGCACCAGUCCCAAAGGUUACCAGGUGCCAGCUUACUGA